AUGCGAGUUACUCUCGUUGAAAGCUGGCCUAUGUUGCCUGCAGUUCUGUUCUGUAUGGGCGACCCACAGAUCGUCGAGCAGCCAGCCAAGGAGAUGCCUGAAAUGAAAACAGUGAUUUUGAAGAUGACAAACUUGCACUUGCACGCCAGUGGAGUCUUUAGCAACGUUUAUCGUGGAACACUGCUAGAGCCGGCUCCUCAGCGAGAGAUAGCUAUCAAAAAGACCUGGCCAGAGAAUCGAGAAAGGAACUUCGAAAUGAUUUUCUUAACUGGUAUAAGCCGAAUACGGCAUAAAAAUAUUGUACAGAUGUUGUUUGCAUUCUCCAAUAAAGUAGGCAAGCACAAGAAAGAAAUAUGUGAAUCAUUUGUUUUUGAUUUUUUACCUGACACACUAGCUUCAAUUAUUAAAAAGGAAAAACUUGACACCACAGAUAUUAAGAUUUAUACAUGGCAACUCUUUAGUGGACUGCGUUAUCUCAGUGCGUACCAGAUUGUUCACCGUGAUAUUAAACCGAUGAAUGUUUUGCUAGAUCACGCCAAUGGACUAUUAAAAAUCGGAGAUUUCGGUUCGGCAAAAGUCGUCACUAGGCUAACCAAAUCCACUGCAUAUCAGGUGACGAGAUUUUACCGACCACCAGAACUACUACUAGGUGCUGAAUAUUACAACUGGACAGUAGAUCUAUGGUCCGCCGGAUGUGUAGUGGGUGAGAUGAUGCGGGGAAAUGUAAUCUUUCCUGGCCGCAACGGAAAGCACCAACUGAAGUUGAUAUUCACUUGCAUUGGUAGUCCUACAGAGGAAGACAUUCGCAUGAUGCGAGUCCCUACACGAAUUCGCUUCGACGGCAGGGUAAUUGUUGGCCAAGGUCUGAGCAAGCUUUGCCCGAACGCGGAUAAGCAGAUGAUUGCAUUGUUGGAGAAAAUCCUUGUGUAUAGGCCGAAAGAGCGAUUGUGGGGUCCAGAACUGCUGAAGGAUAAAGCUUUUGACUCGAUUAUUCAGCCAAAUGCGAAGCGGAAGAACGGACAGUUGAUUUCAAGUAUCAUCACGGCUGAAGAUGUCCAGAAAGUUCGAAAUGAUAAAGGCAGCAAUUCCAACCUGAUCAUGAUCACGCCUGCUAUGAAGAAACGUCUCGACUUUGCAUGCGAUGAUAUUCCGCGUAAACCACAGAAACAGAAAAUUUCUUCUCCGGAAUCGGACAAGAAAGACCAGAAGAUUUAUAGCAGAUCGACUAGACCAGCUACAGACCAGACACAGGCCAGAGUUGAAACAAUGCAGCAAGGAACGGAUGGAACGCAAGACACAGCCAAGUAG